AUGUUCUUUGCAGGUACGAUACAAGAGGGGAUCUCAAAGGCAGUUGGUCAGCAGAAAAUUGUCGUAUGUUUCGUCACGAAUGAUGGCGCGGAAAGUCAGACUUGGGAGAAUGAGUUCUUGACGGAUGAGUCGAUCGCCGAGUCAAUUUCCACAAAAGCGGUUGCCCUGCGCUUAGAGGCAGGAUCUGACGAAGCCGGAUACUUGGCACAGAUCUUCCCGUUACCGCAAACACCAACGGUUGUCCUCAUAAAGGAUGGAGAGCUGAAGGAGUACAUCACAAGUGGUACCAGCAAAAAGGAAUUCCUCCGUCGCGUCCAAAACUCGUUCAGUAGUUCCACCACAAACGCCUCGGGCCGCCAACAAGCACCCCAAAUAGCGUCUCCUUCACCAUCGCAGCCAGCACCGCCUGCCGCCGCUGCAGAGGCCACGGCGCCGUCACAGUCACAGAGAGCGGACCAGAUGCAACGAAUGUUGGCAGAGCGUGCUGCCCGUUUGUCAGCUGAGAAAGAGGAGGCCGAGAGGAAAGUAAAGGACGACCGUGCCAAGGCCAAAGCAAAGGCCAAGGCGGAAGCGGAAGCGGGCGCAAAGACUGAUGCCGCGCAGGCAUACCAGCAGGCCGAACUUGUCAAGAAGAAGAAGAGGGAAGCCGAUGAGGAGCGGCAGCGCAUUUUGCGACAAAUUGAAAACGACAAGAUUGCGCGCCGUGAGCGAGCUGCGGAGCGGGAGCGGGCGAGGAUCGACAAUGUCAAGAUUGGUGAUGUGGCCGCCUCACUGGCCAACGUCCCCGAGACCAAGCUCCCGUCAACGACCAAGAUUAGUGACAUGACAGCACUUCAAGUCAGGCUGUUUGAUGGCUCGACUAUACGAUCACGAUUCAAGACCAAGUCAAGCCUGAAGGAGGUGCGGAAAUGGGUGGAUGAGAGUCGACACGAUGGCAAAGCUCCCUACACCUUCAAGCAGGUCCUGACGCCUCUGCCGAAUCGAAACAUUGACGCGACCGAGGAAUCAAAGGAUCUCGCCGAGCUCACCCUUGCGCCAUCUUCGACGCUGGUUUUGAUCCCUGUCAAGUCCUUCGCUACGGCGUACGACGACAGGGCGAGCGGCAACGUCUUUACACGUCUUAUUCAGCUGCUUCUUGGGUUCAUGCACUGGUUAUUCAGCUUUAUUGGCUUUGCGGGGCCCGGCACACAGCCCGGAGUAGCUACAACUGCAUCCAGUUCCGGCACAGAUGCUCGCUCUCCUACCGAAGCCGGUUCUGCAGACCGCAGAAGGGAUCAGCAAUUAUACAACGGCAACUCUCUAAACUUUGAGCCUCGGCCAGACAAUGAGGAUAAAUAA